AUGGAACUCUCUUCACUGCGACCAUUUCCCGCAUCCUUCGUUCUGCCCAAUCUUGCCAAUAUCACCCGUCAAGCAUUUAACCUGAAGUUAAAUCCCCACUCCCAAAGUGCAAACAGUGCCAUGAAGUCGUGGUUCAAAAGUUUCCACGUCUAUGAUGAGCAGAAAUCAAGGGAAUUCCUCGAAGCGGGAAAAUUUGAUCUUUAUGCCGCCCUCAGCUUUCCUGAUGCUGAUCUACAACAUCUUGAAACUUGUCUUGCAUUCUUCUUUUGGGCAUUUUCGACCGAUGAUCUUUCCGACGAAGGCGAUCUACAGUCUAAGCCGGAGGAAGUCCAAGUCGGUGUCGAUAUCUCAACCAGCGCUCUGUCUAGUCAUGCACCCACAUCCUUGGACUUUCCUUACGCGGCUAUGCUCCAGAGCCUGUUUAAUCGUAUCAAGACGACUGCGACCAAAGGUGCUUCCGAAAGGUUCAUACAAGCAUUCAAGGACUGGAGUUCAUCGCAAGUUAUGCAAUCGCGAAAUCGCUCCAAAUUACUUUUGCCGUCUGUCGAAGACUUUAUUCUGAUGCGACGGAAUACUAUUGGUGCUGCCUUAGUAGAAGCCAUGAUCGAAUAUUCAUUGGACUUGGAUCUUCCCGACUAUGUAUUUCGGGAUCCGGUCGUAAUUGCCAUGUCUGAAGCAACAACAGACAUCAUGACUUGGCCUAACGAUUUGUGCUCGUUCAAUAAGGAGCAAGCGGACGGAGACUACCAAAAUCUCGUUUGUUGCCUGAUGGCUCAAUACGACCUUGGACUCCAAGACGCUGUGGAUCGUCUGGUCGGUAUGAUCUCGACGCGUGUGCGUGAUUAUAUCACACUGAAGGAGCAGCUACCAUUGUUUGGCGCCGAAGUGGAUACAAUGCUCAGAAAGUACCAUGCUGCUUUGGAGCAUUACGUCCAGGGAACGAUCGUCUGGUAUUAUUCAAGCCCUAGAUACUUUCAUGGCGAGCAAAUUAUCGAGAAAGAAAGCACGAGGAUCAUUUUGUUCUCGAAAGCCUCCAGCAAGGAUUGCUCCUGA